ACCUCUCUGACAUUUCUGAGAAAGACAAGUGAGUUACAUGAAGGCAGGUUGAAUGUAUGGACUCUCACACGCUGAAGAAUGAGCCUCCGAGACUUUCCUCUACACCUCAUGGAAACUUUGAAAUGCUGGAGAUCACUUCGUAAAUACAUUGUUGUGUUUAUGUUCCUUAUAACGGUCAGCAAAGGGUCAGCAUGUGAGGCUCCUUCCAGUCCCGAGUGCUUCAGAAGAACCGCUGACAACUUUUUUUACAUUUGUGAAUGGAGCAUGAAUACGACUGAGAGAAAUGUGACAUUUUGGAUUUACUUUAAUAAAACAAAGUACGAGACCUUGGAGAAGACGUAUGGCAUCAUUGACGAAUUGCUCCCGAUCAAAACUCGUGCUUAUCACGUUUGGGUGGAAGCUCGAGCAGGAAACUCGAGCUGCAUGUCGACCAAGAGGUCUGUGGUAUUCCGUGACACAGUUAAGUAUGAAGCACCACAAAAUAUGUCCAUGUCCUGGAUUAAAAACAACCUCAACUUGACAUGGAUAGCUGCAGAGAUGUAUCCAGCUUUAGCCGAGAUCCGAUUCAGACGCAACGAACACCCCACAGAAUCAUGGGGAAAACUACAGAGAACAACAAAUACCACCAGUAAACCUUCAAUGUAUAUUAUUGUUGGUAAUCUGUUGAAGGAUUCAGUUUACCAGGUUCAAAUCAGACAUCGGUCCACUCAGGCCCUCAAACCACUGUGGAGCGACUGGUCUCCAGUUGUGACUGUUCCUGCAGCGCUUGAGCAAAAACCUGAAGUCACCAUUACGACAAGGAUUUUAGGUGGGACUCGAAAGGUAACGCUAACGUGGAAGCCGAUGCCACAUGCAGCUGCAGUCACAGGAGUGAGUUACUUCCUGAAUGACACACAGUCCUCUCACGGAUGUCCUUGCAAGAAAAAAGGACAUCGCAUCAACACGAGUGAACACACUACUACUGUCUCGUUAUCUGCCGUCAACAUCACUGUAAUCGCCACAAACUCAGCGGGGGAUUCUCCACCAGCAAUCAUUCAAGUACCGGCUGAACCUGCUGCAGAUUUAAAAAUUUGUGACAAGACGUUGCUGGAUGAAAAAUUAAAUAGAUCUUGCCUUGAGUUGUACGAGCUUCAAGAUGGAGAUUCAAGGCCAGACAAUGUGAUCACCUUAACGGCAAAGACGAAAAAGAAGAAGCAGAUAAAAAUGAACAUAAAAGACUAUGUCCGCUACCUUUACUUUGAACACAGAUGUGAAGGCGGUUGGAAUCCAAAGACAGUUAAAAUGUGCAUCUUUUAUCAAAAAGAGGGAGUUCCACUCAGAGAACCUCAGGACUUUAUUGCUUCUAGUGAUACACACACUGCUGACUUGUCUUGGAAAGGGAUUCCCUCUGUGGACCAGAGAGGUUUCCUCACACACUACAUCCUCAAAGUCAGCUCACAGGAUGAGCUGAAAGAGUGCCGUAACAUAUCAGCCUCUCUGCUAAAGUACCGUCUGGAAAACUUGACACCGGGAACGAAAUACAACAUCAGCCUAGUUGGAGUUACACGUGUGGGAGAAGGACCUGAAGCCACAGUAAACAUCAUCACAUUCCCUGAGAAGCCUGUGAAUGUGUGGUGGAGUCUGGGCUUGCUGUUUCUGUUCUUUUUCCUCACAAUAAUGUGCACCUGCAUCUUGAAGAGAAUCCAAAACAAGAUCUUCCCUCCAGUGCCAACACCCGUUAUUCCAGAUUUAAUCCCGUAUCAACCAGAGAGUCAGGAGUUUCUGGAGGGAAAGGAGGAGGUGCACAAGCUGACGCUGCACCAGCAUCCAGAGGACAAGUCUGUCCCUGAGGACGCAGAGGAGACCAUCAUGAGAGAGUGGGAUGAAGGCACUGACGAGGACCUGGACGACAGGGUUGAUUCAAGGAUGUCAGAAGGAACCAGUGAUGAGGCACUGAGGAGCUCCAGAGAAGGAGAAAUUACUGAUCUCGAACAAGUGGACAACAAGAUCGCCAUGCUGAUAUACAGGAAUGGUUUGGUCUUCGAUGCGAAGACGGACUCGCCUUAAAAUAGAUUUAAAUAAGGGUUCAACUGCCUCACAGCACACAAUCUUGUUACAACUAUCUCAUUUUUUUAACAUGUCUUUUUCUUUUUUUUAUAAUGUUGGAUGAAAGGAGACUUGUAGAAUAAUUUACUUCAGAGGAAAAUAUUUGUUUAAUGUUCAUGUAAGUUGAAUUUUGCCAGUGAAUUUUCUUUACCUAAGCAUGCCAGUAUAUGAAAGCAGGAGGGUUUAUCGCUCACAGUGUUGUCAAUAAACCUUUUUCUAACUGUUGAUUUUAGAAUGUUAUUUGUUUUUUUUCUUAUUUAGGUCUUAGACAAAAUGUUGACAUGAAAUUUUAUUCAGACAUUUAUGGUCCCUAGAGGAUGAAUCCCAAGGACUUUAAUCGUUUUCUUUUCACAACCAGAAGGUCGAAGUUUGACUUGCACUGUGGAGUAUUUUGAUAUUCAUGAAUUGGCACAACAUUUUGUACAGACAUUCAUGGCUCCCAGACGAUGAAUCCAAAUAACUUUGGUCCUUUGACUUUAAUGUAGUGUCACCAACAGCUAAACACUUUGGAUUGUGAGUGAAUUAUCUCAACUAUUUGGUUGAAAAAUAAAAAAUGUAAAACUUUUUUAAAUUAAUUUAUGGUCCUCGGAGGAAGAAACCUGUGGACUUUGGUGAUUCCUAAAAAUGCCAUCAUCAGGUCAAAAUGUCUAUUUGUCCAACACUGCUCAUGACCAAACAGCUUCAAAACUAAUGACCAUCAGCUCAGCUGCACUUGCACUGGCAUGUUUGCAAAUGUUCACAUUCAUUUCUCAUGCAGUAACUGGAAUUAUGUAAGGAUUUAUUAUUUAAGCCAAGGACUGGAUUUUAAAUCAAAGAGCAGAAGUACAUGAACUGAACAAUACUCUAAUGGCAACAUAGCAGUGUCUCAAACUUUUUAACAGUUUUUGACCACCUUUAGUUCACAAUGACUGCAAACAUCACACAACUUUUAAAAUCUUUUUUUUAAACGAUAAACAUGACAGCCUCACAGAGCUACAGUCACUGUAGACUCUUGCUCUUGUUAGCAGCUUGCAGCUAGAUCAAACGUAAUGAAAGUCAAUAGA